AUGGCAGUUUAUUACCCAACUAGUGUCGGCAUGCAAUCUCUCUACCAAGAAUCCAUCUACCUCAACGAACAACAACAGCAACAGCAACAAGCUUCUUCCUCCUCCGCCGCGUCUUUCUCCGACAUCGUCUCCGGCGGCGGCGGCGGAGGAAACUGUCUCGAAAUCCCAAACUCCGCCGGCGUUGUCCGAAACGAGAUGGUUUUCAUCCCACCAACAAGCGACGACAACGUCGUCGGAAACGUAACAGUCUCAAGCAACGAUCUAAGCUUUCACGGCGGAGGACUUUCCUUAAGCCUCGGUAAUCAGAUCCAGUACCAUUACCAAAACCUCUCCAACCAAAUGAAUUACAACAACAAUCCGUCUGAUGAGAAUGUCAAAAGCUUAAACCACAACCAUCAUCAUCAUCAACCAGAGCAGAUUCCUUCCUCUGGCAAUUACAACAACAAUGGAGUCGGAUUCUACAACAACUACCGUUACGAGACAUCAGGGUUCGUCAGCAGCGUGUUGAGAUCUCGUUACCUAAAACCCACACAGCAGUUGCUCGAUGAAGUCGUUAGCGUCAGGAAAGAUUUGAAAUUGGCGACUAAUAAUAACAAUAAGAAGAGCAAGAACAACGAUAAAGGUCAAGACUUUACUAAUGGGUCAAGCGAUAACAACAACAACAACACAGAGGUCGAAGAGAAAUCUCAAGAGUUGUCUCCUUCAGAACGUCAAGAGCUUCAGAGCAAGAAGAACAAGCUCUUAACAAUGGUGGAUGAGGUAGAUAAAAGGUAUAACCAAUACUACCAUCAAAUGGAAGCGUUAGCUUCGUCAUUCGAGAUGGUAACAGGUCUUGGAGCAGCUAAGCCAUACACAUCGGUUGCUCUGAAUCGAAUCUCUCGCCAUUUCCGUUGCUUGCGGGAUGCGAUCAAGGAGCAGAUUCAGGUGAUUAGAGGGAAGCUUGGGGAGAAAGAGACUUCUGAUGAGCAAGGAGGAGAGAGGAUACCACGUCUUAGGUAUUUAGAUCAAAGGUUGAGACAACAGAGAGCUUUGCAUCAACAGCUUGGAAUGGUUAGACCUGCUUGGAGACCUCAACGAGGCUUGCCUGAAAACUCUGUUUCUAUUCUCAGAGCUUGGCUCUUUGAGCAUUUCCUUCAUCCAUAUCCUAAGGAAUCUGAGAAGAUCAUGCUUGCGAAGCAGACAGGACUAUCGAAAAACCAGGUUGCGAAUUGGUUUAUUAACGCGAGAGUUCGGUUAUGGAAACCGAUGAUUGAAGAGAUGUAUAAAGAAGAGUUUGGAGGAGAUUCGUCAGAGUUAGUCUCUAACUCUAAUCAAGACAACAAUAGCAAAAUGCAGGAAACAUCACAGCUCAAACAUGAAGACUCUUCUUCUACGCAACAACAGAAUCAAGGAAACAACAACAAUGUUUAUACAUCUGAAGCAGAAGAGAACCUGGUCUUUGCAGAUCCGAAACCAGACCGUGCUGGUACUGGAGAUUACGACAGUUUGAUGAACUAUCAUGGCUUUGGUAUCGAUGAUUACAAUCGAUACAUUGGACUUGGAAACCAGCAAGAUGGGAGAUUCUCUAAUCCUCAUCAAUUACACGACUUUGUCGUCUGA